UUGGUAGUAAUUAGGGAGGCUUUCCGUCAUCGUGUUUCGCUUCUCGAUCUUUUCGAAGUAAUUGCAUUGUGUUUAUAAAUGCAAUAAUAAGCGUGCUAAAAUUAUUAUAACAUAAAGUUAUAAAUGUACGGAGAUUAAAUAACGCCAAAGAUGGAACAGGACUUAAAAGCUAAAAUCGAUCAAGCCUGUCGCACUGCGGAGGAAUUCACAAAAUUGUAUUAUGAGUCUCUGGAUAAGCGGAGAUAUUUAAUUUUAAGAAUGUACAUGGACACCGCAACUCUGAUAUGGAAUGGAAAUGGAGUGGAAGGCAAGGACAAUAUACAAAAAUUCUGGACAGAUCUGCCACCAUCCGAACAUACCAUUACUACCCUCGACGCUCAGCCAAUUACAAGCCCAGAGAUUGCCAGCCAGCUAACAUUUCUCGUCAAAGUCGGUGGACUGGUGAAAUAUGAAGAAAAAAGUUCCAAGGCGUUCAACCAAACCUUUCUAAUUACGGCUAUGGGUGACAAGUGGAAAAUCGUGAGCGAUUGUUUCCGAGCGCAAGAACUAUUGGAUAAUACAAGUACGAGUACGAGUACGAGUACAAGUACAAGUUAAUGUAGCAAUAGACAGCAAUUAAAAAUAAGUAGAUAGCGUUACAAUACUGAGCCUAGAUAAUAAGAUUGCUGUUUUAUAUUUUAUAUAAUAAAGUGUAUGACUACGAGCCAUAAAAUCACUAUUGUAAAAUAUGUAAUUUUUAUUAAAUUAUCUAUCACGCAAA